AUGACCAUACCCUUUACUAAUCCCUCUCUAACAUCCCUUAAUAAUAAAGAUACCCAACAGAAUGAUUUAUGGAAUAUAAUUGAAAAACAACGUGUUAUCAUUCAUGAAUUACAAAAAGCUCUUAAUAAUAUAACGCGAGAAAGAGAUGAUUUAUUGGUGAAAAUAACGACUUUUGAAAAUAAUAAUAAUAAUAAUAUGACAGACCAGAAGUCGAGUACAACAAGUAGCAGUAGUAGUACAGAUAGUAAUAAAUCAAAUGGUGGAACAACACCUACUCUUCCUCCAAGAUCACCUUAUAGGUCAAAUAACUUAUCAUCGCAAGAAGAUACCACUAAUAAAUUAAAAGUAUUACAAAUAAAAAUAAUAUCAACAAAUGUAACCUCAUUUGUGAUAUCUAUCCUUAAUUCAGCUGGACAAGAACUUUGGCAUAUUGAAAAGCUAUAUAUUGAUUUUAUUAAUUUAAUAGAUGAUAAACUAUUAUCAAUUCCUUUAGAGCAACGUCAAUUAUUUUUGGAAGCUUAUUUCAAGACUCUCAUUCAAUCAAAACCUCAACAUGAGUUGGGCUUUUUAUAUUCUUUUAUUACUCCUUUACCUCAUUCUCAUAAAGGUUAUUUAUUUAAAAGAGAAAAGCAAGGCUGGAAACAAUAUUACUUUAUUCUAUUACCUGAAUCAUCUGAAUUAAAAUAUUUUGAUGCAAGUAUCGAAAGAAAACAUGAUGGCCAGAUUUAUUUGGGAACUUUAUCCUUAACCUCUGAGACACAAAUUAGUAAAAAGCAAUCACUUGAUACUACCACAAAUGAUUUUAUCAAAAAAUCGUUACAGUAUGCUUUCACUAUCUUGACACCCCACCAUUCUAUUGUUCUUAGUACGAAAUCAGAUUCGGAACAAGAGAAAUGGAUGAAAUCUCUUUCAGAUAUCGUUAAACCACCUUUAAUGCCUUAUAGAUCCCAUUCUAAUCCUUCUUUCCGUCAGAGCGUAGACGAACAAGCUAUCUUUAAAUACUAUGAAACGUCUGAUGAAUAUGAAAAUAAAAAGAAAAAGAAAGAAAAACGUCGUAAAACAUUUUGGUUUAGUAAACCUGUUGCUAACAAGCAUGUAUUCAAAGUCUUUGGUAUUACAUUGGAGGAAGCUAUACGUGAAUGUUCCUUAAUGCAAUUACCUGCUAUCGUUUAUCGUUGCUUGGCUUAUUUGGAUGCUCAAGGGGCUGCCUAUGAAGAAGGAAUUUAUCGAUUAAGUGGAAGUUCAGUGCAAGUAGAUCAACUGCGACAAACGUUUUGUGAACAAGGUGAUGUGGAUUUACUGAAAUAUGAUUCUGAUCUGGAUGUACAUGUAGUAGCUGGCCUAUUAAAGUUAUGGUUGAGAGAGCUUCCAACAAAUAUCUUGACAAAUGAAUUAUUAGAUCAAUUCUUGGCUGCUGUGGAUAUUAAGAGUAAAUCAAGCCGUAUUAAACAAUUAAAAUAUUUGGUGGCAAUGCUUCCUAAAUCUAAUUAUGUCUUGUUGAAUUCACUACUUUCUCAUUUACUGGGCAUUGCACAGCGUGCUGACCAUAAUAAGAUGACAGUGAGAAAUAUGGGAAUUGUCUUUGCUCCAACGUUGUCUAUACCAUCUACUAUUUUUACUUUAUUUAUGAAUGAAUUCAAGGUCAUUUUUUGUAAUGACCAUCAUCAAAAGGAAUCAAGGGCAAGUCAUAUUAGUCUACCUGACUCAACAACUUUAGCAGAUCGAGUCAAAUUUGAAUAUUUAUUAAAAAUUGAAAACGAAAAGACAAAAAAAUAA